AUGGCGAAAGAUAAAGAAAAACAAAACACAGAAAACCCUUCAUCGUUAUCAUGUUUAAAGAACAUCUCAUUUCCAUUCAACACCACUUUCUUGAUCGCAAACGCGAUUUUCCUCGUCACGUCCGCUUUCUGGUUCGUCACCGUCUCGACAUUACAUUACAGGACCGAUGAAUGUAACCGUUUGGUGACAACUCCCGGAAUCUUCGUGAGCUUCUCAUUGCUGGUAAUGACUCUCACCGGAUUCUACGCCGCUUACUUCAAAUCCGAUUGUCUCUUCCGAAUCCACUUCUUCAUCUUCUUCUUGUGGAUGUUCGUGGUCGUGGCUAAAGCCGUUUUCGUUUACUGUCUCGAACAAGAGACCAACCCUAGGUUGUUCCCUGGGACGAAGAUCAAUGAGUAUAGGUUCGACGACUACUCGGGGUGGGUUCGUAGAUUGGUCAUCAAAGACGAUGAAUGGUAUCGUACUAGAAGAUGUCUUGUUAAGGACAAUGUUUGUAACAACCUAUUCUCUAACCAGAACAUGUCGGCUGCUGAGUUUUAUCAGAUGAAUCUAACUCCUAUACAGAUCUUCGUUUUCCCGGUUAAAUUUUGGGGGGACUUCUGUCGAAGACUCUGCGGUAACAUGUCAGGAAGAAAAGAAACAGUGUUAGAUUUGGCCAAGUUUGUGGAUAAGGGUGUGCAAGUUAAGCUCACCGGUGGCAGACAAGUCACUGGAACUCUCAAGGGCUAUGAUCAGUUGCUAAAUCUUGUUCUUGAUGAAGCAGUAGAGUUUGUUCGAGAUCAUGAUGAUCCUUUGAAGACCACCGACCAGACGAGACGCCUCGGCUUAAUUGUUUGUCGUGGAACAGCGGUGAUGCUCGUCUCACCAACUGAUGGCACUGAAGAAAUCGCUAACCCUUUUGUUCAGUCAGAAGCUGUCUAA